AUGGACAAAGAAAUGGGAAAAACUGAAAAGGAACCUAAAGAUCAUUUUUUUCUUGUACGUACAACUUGUUUUCUACUGGGUUUCAUGAAUCUCGCACCUCUUCUCUUCGCCAGUACUGCUGCGGGGUAUUGGUUGUAUAAAUUUCGCGAUCCAAGCAUAGGUUCGGGAACAACCCUCGGAAUGGACAGAACUACUUUGCAAGCGUAUUACCAACCAGUUUCGAUGGUAGCUCAGCAAGUACCAUCAGUAACAAUGUCAUGUCUGAUGACUGUGUAUGGUCAUAAAGUACCUCAUAUGAGAAGGACCCUGGUGUCCUUGUUGCUAUUCAUUGGACUGUAUCUCUUGUUUACGUUAUUUACGCAGAUUAAUACGGAUUCAUGGCAAACACCAUUUUUUGUUGUGGCGAUUUUUCUUAGUAUGAUGAACAGUUCAUUAGCAGCCACAAUGCAAAUGUCAACGGCAGUUUUAAUAUCAAAGCUACCUCAUGAAUACUUAAUGUAUUUCCUAAUAGGACAAAACGGAGCUUUUAUAAGUACGUUUUUACAAAUUAUAUCUUUAGCACUAACGGAUGAUCAACCGACCUCAGGACUCUUGUAUUUCUCAUCGGGAGCAAUUUUAAUAUUAAUAACACUCGUCUUAACAAUGUUGUCUAGAAAGACGAAAGUGUUUGAAUACUAUGAAAUCGAAGCUGCAAAAGAACAACAUUCUGAAAUGAUUAACUGGGCUGAAGCUAAGGAGGUCAUAAAGAAAAUGUGGCCUUGCCAAGCGGUACUCGGUUUGAUGAUUAUGACCAUUUCUACGAUACAUCCUUCAAUUACCACCUUGGUAGUUUCCCAAAACGAAGCUAAUCACACGGCAUGGACCGAAAAGUUCUUUACUCCAGUAUGUGCUUUCUUGGUCAUAGAAGUUAGUGCUAUAAUUGGAAGAAUUAUGUCCAGAAAAUUCUUUAUAACGGAAUCAAACAAAUAUUUGUAUGUUGGAUUGACUGUCUUGAGAUUAUUUAUUAGCAUACCAAUUUGUAUGUUAUUCGAUGCAGAACCAAGAAAUUUUCCUGUGGUCUUCGACAAAGACUGGGAAUUUAUAGUUUUCAUGUUCAUUUUUGGAUUUACGAAUGGUUGGAUAUGGAACGUGUCUGCAAUGAGUUUAAAAACUUUGGUGCCAAAAAAACAAGAGGUUGCUUUUAAGCUACUGGCUCUGACAAUUUCGGUAUUUAGUGCUAUCACAGUAGCUAAUGGCUUAUUGGCUGUCAAAGUACUAUUAAUUUAA